AUGGCUCUCUCUGGACUACUACUACUCCUCAUCUUCAUCUUCCUUGCUUACAAGCUCUAUCAACGCCUGAGAUUUAAGCUCCCGCCCGGCCCACGUCCGUGGCCAGUCGUCGGAAACCUCUACCACAUAAAGCCCGUGAGGUUCCGGUGCUACGCGGAGUGGGCACAGGUCUACGGGCCCAUUAUUUCAGUGUGGAUUGGAUCCACACCGAACAUCGUAGUGUCGAGCUCAGAAUUGGCAAAGGAGGUGCUCAAAGAGCAUGACCAGAAACUGGCUGAUAGGCACAGGAAUAGAUCAAGCGCCAGGUUUAGCAAGGAUGGGCAGGACCUCAUUUGGGCUGACUAUGGGCCCCACUAUGUUAAGGUCCGGAAGGUGUGCACUCUUGAGCUUUUCUCUGCAAAGAGGAUUGAAGCUCUCAGACCCAUUAGGGAAGAUGAGGUCACUGCUAUGGUUGAGUCCAUUUUCAAACACUGUACCAUUCAUGAAAAAAAUGCGGAAAGUUUGCUAGUGAAGAAGUAUUUGGGAAGAGUGGCAUUCAACAACAUAACAAGGCUAGCAUUCGGAAAGCGUUUUGUUAACUCGGAGGAUGAAAUGGAUGAGCAAGGCCAAGAAUUCAAAGCUGUUGUUUCUAAUGGAGUGAAGAUCGGUGCAUCGCUCUCGAUGGCCGAGCACAUUCCAUGGCUGCGUUGGAUGUUCCCGCUGGAGGAAAAGGCGUUUGCUCAGCAUGGGGCACGAAGAGAUCGACUCACUAGGGCAAUCAUGGAGGAGCACACACAGGCUCGCACCAAGAGUGGCGGUGCCAAGCAGCACUUUGUCGAUGCAUUGCUUACAUUGAAGGACAAGUAUGACCUUAGUGAAGACACUAUUAUCGGACUUCUUUGGGACAUGAUUACUGCGGGCACAGACACCACAGCUAUUUCAGUUGAAUGGGCUAUGGCUGAGUUGAUUAAGAACCCGAGGGUGCAAGAAAAGGCACAAGAGGAGCUAGACCGAGUCAUCGGGUUCGAACGGGUAAUGACCGAAGACGAUUUCUCAAAUCUCCCUUACCUACAAUGUGUAGCAAAGGAAGCGUUGCGGUUGCACCCUCCAACUCCUCUAAUGCUCCCCCACCGAGCUAAUGCCCAUGUCAAGAUCGGUGGCUACGACAUCCCCAAGGGUGCGAGUGUUCAUGUAAAUGUCUGGGCCGUAGCGCGUGAUCCGGCGGUUUGGAAAGACCCGCAUGAGUUCCGACCAGAAAGGUUCCUAGAGGAGGAUGUUGACAUGAAGGGGCAUGAUUUUAGACUACUUCCGUUCGGAGCCGGCAGGCGAGUAUGCCCGGGAGCACAACUUAGUGUGAAUUUGGUGGUGUCCAUGUUGGGGCAUCUAUUGCACCAUUUCAGUUGGGCUCCAGCAGAAGGGAUGAAUACAAAGGAGAUUGACAUGUCGGAAAAUCCAGGGCUUGUGACUUAUAUGAGAACCCCAUUACAAACCGUGCCUACUCCAAGGCUCCCCUCGCAUUUGUACAAACGUGUUGCCGCAGAUAUGUAA